AUGAGUUCUAGUGAGGUUCCUGGUAAUGAGAAUGCCGAUGAUAAAUCAUCGAUGCCUUCUACUCCAACUACAACAGUUGACUACAAUCGAACAUUAUCACAAGAUUUGCGUAAUCUUGAUGAUGCUCUUACAUAUGCCAUCGACCAAUUGACAGUAUUUAACAGUGAAACUAUGUCUGAUUUAUCGCUCAAAUAUGAGUUAAUGCGUAACAAUGAAAGUCGCGUGAUUGGAUUUUUUGCUCGUCAAUUAAUGUUACUACAGUCAGAAAAAGCCAAUAGUCAAAAUGGUGAAUUUCACAGUGAAUAUUUUAAACUUGAUCGUUUUUUGUCUGUUAUUAAUCUUAAUAAAAAAGGCAUUGAAUUUAUUACAAAACGUAUGACAUUUGAUGAUUUGUUAAAUGGAAAAGCUACUGCACGUGAAAAACUCUUAUACGAUGCUGAAACAACUGAAGCUGAACGGAAAGAUUUUCGUAGUGCAUUGAAUGCAUUAAAAGAUUGUAUUGACUAUUUUUCUCAUGGCGGUACAAAUGAUAAUGGACGUUUUUAUUGGCAUACUGAAACACCACCUCCAACAACGAUUACACCUUAUUCUGUUCGUCAACAUCGUUUGUCAGAUACUGUACUUCCAGCACCACCCAACACAGACUCAGUACGGUCAACAUCUGUAUCUUUAUCACUUUCAACUGAAUUUGGCACUGUAGCAAAUAAUCACAAUCAGACACCACUAACAACAUUACCACCGACACGGCGGAAUAAUACCACUCAUACACCUCCACCGUCUCGUUCCAAUCAUUUAUGUGUAAAUGGUAAAGGAAAAUGUGAACAUCCAAGUAAAAAAAGUUCGGUUGACCCAGCAAUAUUUGCCAAUUUUAAUCCAUCACGUACUGCAGAUCUGCAAAUCCCGGACGGCGGUUUAGCAUCUCGCCGAGGUUCUUAUGGUUCUGAUACGGAAAGUCAAUUACAGUCUGAACUUGAGCGCACUCAUAAGAAUGAAACAUCCAAUGUUUCACGUCAGAUGGAUAUGCGUAAGACGGCUUUUGCUGCAUAUAAAAAAUACUAUCAUUCAAAAUCAAUGCCAGCAGCAUUAAUCAAACAACAAGCGACAUCAGAAUCCAUGGGACAAAAUACGAAUAGUAGUCAACCGUUGAAUUCAGAUAGUAAAAUAUAUGAUGAAAAUAAAACUGCAUCGAAACCUGUAAAAAACCAUUUUUGGGAUAGAUCUAUCUCAAAAGACGGUACAGCAACACCUAAAUCACCAACAGUUCGUUCGCCUACUAUGUCAGGUUCACCAAUGGGUUCAGCAUAUAAUAGUGAUACAGAAAAUGAACCCAAAACAUCAAGUAUUCCACUUUACAAUACGCAUUCUCCUAUUCUUACACAUCGAAUGGCACAUAAAAUUCAACACAAAUACAAAUGUCACAAAGAAUGCGUUCCAAAUGCUCCGGCUAAUUGUGGUUUUAGUGAAGGAAAACUUCGACAAGCUAUUGAUAAUACUGAUUUUCAAAAUGCUUUUAUUAAUUCCAGUCCAUCAUCAAGAAAAUAUCAUUUUACUCCGUCUGAUAGUGCAAGUCCAACACCGUCGACUCCGAUAUCAGCUCCAGGUUCACCUGCACCAAAUUCAUUAAUUCCUGGUUAUCAUUUUAAUUCGUCGAUAUUAAAUGGAAAUCCAUCGAUAUCUGUUAGUGAAUCUAUUUAUUGCACUCAAAAUGAUCCUGAUAGUUGGGUCGUUAUAGAGACGAACACGAAAACUGCAUCAGAAAUUACUGAAUCUCAAUCCGAUAGUGAUACAAAAUUUAGUUCAACAAUUCAAACUGAAUCUGGAACUAAUAUGACCGAAUCGACACAGACAACGCACAGUACACUUCCACAGAAAUCAUCACAAAGCGAACCAACACAUCCGAAUCGAGAAGAUUUUAAAUCAAAACUUUCUAUUUCAUUCGACGACGAUGAAGCCGAUCCAGAAAAACGAAAUCUUAAUCUUUCAACAUCGAUACAAGAUUGGGUAAUUGUGUAUAAUAAUAUAAAAAUGAUUGAAGAAGUACGACGGUCUUCUGGAACAUUGAUGAAGGCUCAUUGGCAUGGAGAGCUUGCUGUAAGAAUAAUAAAGCCUGAUCCUAAACUAAGUGAAGUUGAAUUUUUAAAUCUAUUCAGAAAUCAAGUAUUUCGAUUACGAAAAGUUCGACAUGAACAUUUAAAUUUAUAUACUGGUGUUUGUAUUGAAAGUCCUAAUUUUGCAAUUGCUUCAAACUGGAUUCGUGGCUCGACUCUAUUUGAAAUGAUUCACAUACGUAAUGAUGUUAUUCCACUUAAUUUAGCUGUAAAUUAUGCUGCACAAAUAGCUCAAGCGAUGAGUUAUUUACAUGAAAAAUCUAUUAAUCAUAUGUCACUAAGAACAUCGAAUAUCUUUAUACAAAACAAUCGAAUUAUUUUAACUGAUUAUGGUUUAGUACCAUUGAGUAAAUGUUAUCGAUACAAUGAUCAGCCAUGUAUAAUAGCUCCACGUGGUUGGUUGAGCUAUUUAGCACCUGAACUAAUACGUAAACUUGAUCCACGUAAUGAACAAACACUUCUACGGCAUACACCUCAAACAGAUGUUUAUGCAUUCGGAACUGUUUGGUAUGAACUUCUAUUUCGAGAAUUUCCAUUUUCAAAACAACCACCAGAAUAUAUUAUAUGGAGAGCAGGCAAUUCUCUCAAACAACCACUGAGUAGUGUUCAUAUUAGUAAAAAUGCUAAAGAUAUUAUCAAUCAAUGCUGGUCAUUUGUAGCAGAUGAUCGUCCAGACUUCGCGAUGCUGUGUAAAUCUCUAACAAAAAUGCCAGGUAAACGAGCAUUGGUGCGAUCUCCAUCAACACCACUUCAAUAUCAUGGGAAUCAAAUAUCAAAUCAUCAUUUCAGUUAA